AUGCAAAAUAAUGAAUUCUAAAAAUUUGAGAUUGUGAAUCAAUAAGAGAAAAUUGAUAAUGAAUGUUUUAAAUGUUUCACUAUAAAUCAUGAUUCAACAAUCUUGAUUGGAUGUAGCACUUGGGCUGUGAUAUAUAUUUAUUCAAUUUUAUAAGAUGGUUAGAUUAUUAAUACACAAAAAAUAUUAGAUUAAGAAUUGUUACUCAUUAAUUAAGUAUAUUUUAUGAGAUCAGGAAAAACAUUCAUUACGAUGGGAUAUGGUUUAAGUUUUUGGACAAUAAAUGAAAAUAACCUUUGGUAUAAAGGAAAUAUAAUUUAAUUAGAAGAGAGAAUAUCAUUUUUGAUAUUUACCAAGGAUGAAAAAAAAAUAAUAGUCUCAUUAGAAAGUUCUUUAUAAUUUUGGAAAAAGAGAAAUUAAUCAUAAUUAUGGAAGACAAAUUUUGAAUUAAAUUUAUAAGAAAAAAUUACAAGUAUGAGUUUGAAUGAAUCAGAAAAUGAAUUAAUUAUUGGAAUGUAAGGUUUGAUACUUUUAGCAAGAUGUUUUAAUAAUUAUAAAUGGCAUAUUUGUUACAAAAUAAGGACAGCAUGUGGUUCCAUAUGGAAAAUGGUGAUUUAUUUGGAUAAAAGUAUGUUUGUAUCUUAACCGAGUAAUUGCGAUAAUUUAAUAUAAUAUGAAUGGAAUAAAUGGGAUUAGAAAUUGAUUAGAAAAUUUAAAAUAAGAUUAGAGAAGAAUUCUGAUUUGAGUCGUGAAAAUUCAAUAAGUUUUGAAUAGGAUGAGCAAUUAUUGUUUCAUAAAUUUAAUAAAACAUUAAGAAUAUUUAGUCUUCGCAAUAGAUAAUUAUAGUUAUAGUAAUAGAUUACAUUUAGUAGUUGUGAACAUAGUUUUUAUAAUUCUAGAGAUUGCAAAUUCUUAAUAGUAAGGAAUUUGAGAGGAAAAGGUUUUUCAAUUUGGCAUAGAUGAAAACUUGUUUAAGAGAGAG